GUGUGUGUGUGUGUGUGUGUGUGUGUGUGUGUGUGUGUGCGCGCGCGCGCGCAUUGAUCCACAGCAGCAGCAUGUUGCCACCUGUGAAGAAGGACCGGAUCAUUAAUCAGCUCCCAAACUAUUUCAGUCCGAAUGCAGCGCUGCACACCAAAGAUGGCUUCCACCCACAGGUGCAGGCUGCCUGCCAGGUACACAAGAAAGACACAGUGAGCUUGAAUAUCGCCAAGGUCAUCGUAGUGGGAGAUGUUGCAGUUGGGAAAACGUGUCUGAUCAGCAGGUUUCGAAAGGGUGCGUUUGAUAAGAACUACAAAGCAACCAUAGGGGUGGAUUUUGAGAUGGAGCGUUUCGAGGUUCUUGGUGUUCCCUUCAGUUUACAGCUGUGGGACACAGCAGGUCAGGAGCGCUUCAAAUGCAUUGCUUCAACAUAUUACAGAGGGGCACAAGCCAUUAUAGUGGUGUUUGACUUAAGCAGUUGGAGCUCUUUAGCACAUGCCAGGCAGUGGCUGGAGGAUGCCAUGAAAGAAAAUGACCCAUCCAGUGUUUUACUGUUCCUUGUUGGUACCAAGAAGGACCUCAGUUCUCCUGACCAGUUGGCUCAGAUAGAGCAGGAAGCCAUCAGACUCUCUGAGGAAAUCAAAGCCGAGUACUGGGCUGUGUCUGCUAAGUCAGGAGAUGGUGUCAGGGAUUUCUUCUUCCGUUUGGCCUCUCUGACUUUUGAGGCCAACAUUUUGUCCGAGCUUGAGAACAGUGGCUCAAGGCACGUCGGUGACAUUAUCAGGCUCACAGAAGCCAAUCACAAACCUACCAAAAGGAAGUCCAACUGCUGCUGAUGAUGAGAGAGAGAGAGUGACCGCCUGGAUACACUGUAGGCCUACUGACUAAAGAUCACACUGAAGGGGAAAAUUAAACUGAAAUAUGGACUCAGCAUGUUCAGUGUGGCUAUCAUGAAUUGACCAUUUAAAAAGCAAUGUCAUAUCAACUAAAUCAUGUCGCAAUUGUGUAUUUGUGAUGUUUUUUUUUUCAAAUAACCUGAGAGGAGGUUAUAGGUUUAACAUAAUUAAUUCUAAGUUGAGGCUUUACACAAUAAGAAGUCCUCUCAGGAAUAUUUAGACUGCUGGUCGGGGGCUACCACAAAAAAAAAGCUGUGUGAGAUGCUUGUUAACAUUUAUAUAAAAAAGAAUGAUUAUUCUCCACUAGAUCUUUUACUAAACUGCCCUUGCUUUCAUAAACGAGUGUCUGUCUGUUUGAAGCAACAUUUUUCUCAUGCAUUGGAGAAAAUAGCAGUACCAGACAUAGUGCAUUUUUUUGGUUUUCUCACUGUCAUGUGUCUGUGCUGCUAAUGUGAUGCAUACGCCGGCUCCCAUGACCGCAGUCAUUCCCACACUGCAUUGCUCUCCUCUGACAUCAGUGUUCUCAUGAUCUCGAAAAUGGAGGGAUUGUUUGCAGGGACUGAAACACACUAAUUGAUUUCCUCACUCAGUUCAGUCAGACAGGAGGAAGAAGUCUUCAAGUCUACAUAUGUUCUUUUUUCUCCUAUUAAACAUACUUUUAUUAUAGCUCAUGGAUUAUGAAUUGUAAAUACAUUUGUUUUGAUCA